AUCCUCCUUCUCACAUCACAUGGGACUGGACUGGGAGUGCCAAUGCCUCCAGCCCAGCUUGCCUGCCACCUGGUCUUGACCCUCUCCUGGAUAGGAGGAGCAGCAGCCAGAGGGACAUCAAACUGUGCUGCCUGCGUGUGUGUCUUCUUUCUUGCCUCUCCCUUCUUCAACCUUUGCUAGCUUGCCAGGGAGGGAGUCCAUGAAUUCCAGCAGAAGCCUCCUCUCUUCGCCCCUCUUUGCUAGCUCGUCUCCAAACUUCAGGAGCAGUGCUUCCGUCUCCUCCUCCCCAUCCCCAUCCCGCACCACAGUUCCAAUGAUACAUGACACCAGCAGCAGCAGAGCAUCCACGGCGUGCCACUACUCGCCGUCGCUUGUGGCAGAGGAGCAGCUUCACGGCUCCAAAGACACCUUGACCUUGAAGGGCGAGAAGGCUUUGCUCGAGUUGCUUCUAGGCAUGGCUCUGGACCAGCACGUUGACGGCAGGAAGCUCAUUACCCAACAGGAGGCUGAGGAUAGUGAUUUCGAGAGCUAUUUGAGAGAAGCAACAAGCCGAGUGCUUUACCAGCCAACAUUCAUCAGUGAAGAGGAUGAUGAUGAUGAUUCUGUUUCGGAGAGCUCUUCAGCAUCAUUGGCCAAACCAGCUGGAACAUUGGAUCUUGGCAAGCUGACAGAGGAACCACAGUUGGAUGUACCACAGCCUCACCGCCGCAGUGUGGAUCCAAACCAUUCGUAUGAUCAAGUGUUUAUUAGAUCCACUCGGUUACUGGAGAGGAGAUCCAAGAAACGCAACGGCGGCCACAGGGCUUUGGAUAAUGGUGUGGCGUGCAGUGGUGUGAACUCAAAGAGAAAAGACAAGUUUGGCAGAGUUCUUGAUCCAGACGAGCCUUUUAGGUUGUUUCUACGGGAUCGAGAGACGACAGAGUUCUUGACAGCGAAAGAGGAGAAACAGAUGUUCAGUCAAAUACAGAAUCUUAUGAAGCUGGAGGGGGCUCAGCGUAACCUGCAAGCUCAGUGUGGUCGUGAACCAACAGUUGAAGAGUGGGCUCAAGCCGUAGGAAUGAGCUGCAGGGAGCUGCAAUCCUGUGUGCGCACCGGAAGACGGUGCCGAGAGAAGAUGGCCCGCUCCAACUUCCGCCUUGUGAUACAUGUUGCUAGGAAAUAUGAAGGAUGUGGCCUUGACAUUCAGGACCUGGUUCAGGAUGGAUGCUGUGGGUUGAUGAAAACCUUUGAGAAGUUCAACCCGAGCAAGGGAUGCAGAUUCCCGACCUACGCGUACUGGUGGAUACGCCAGUCGAUCAAAAAGUCCAUCUUCAAGAAUUCAAGACUAAUCCGGUUGCCGGAGAGUGUGUAUGCACUUUUGAGGAAGGUGGGCAAAGCGAGGAUGGAAUGCAUAAUGGACGGGGAGCAGCCGACGAACGAGGUGGUGGCAAGGCGUGCUGGCAUCACGAUUGAAAAGCUGGCGAAACUGAGAGCGAAAACCAGGAAAGUACGGUCCAUGCAGGAUCGAGUCUGGUCAGACGACGGUGUGACAUACCAGGAGAUCACCGAGGACCCCAACAUUGAAGGUCCUGAGGUGAGCGUGGACAGGCUGAUGAUGCGGCAGCAGGUGCGCAGCUUCCUGACGGGGAUCCUGAGCCCCCGGGAGAAGGAGAUCAUCGAGCACCGGUUCGGCAUCCACGACGGCCAGCCCAAGACCCUGCAUGUCAUCGGCGACAUGUACGGCCUGUCCAAGGAGAGGAUCCGCCAGGUGCAGAACAAGGCCCUGGACAAGCUCAGAAACAGCAUCUCAGCACAGGGCUUCCACGUCUACUUUGAUUUGCUAACUUAAGACUCUUCAACACGCAAACAUUACAUGUACAAUGACAUUCCAUUCUGCCAAUGGGUAUAUUAUGUAUAGAUAGACGAAGAAUUCAUGUUUUUUUCCUUUCCCUUUUGCCAUUUGACAUUCAUUCAUCCUUGUACUCAACAAUGGAUACUCAUACAUGGUUGUUUGAGGAGCAAAGCUUACUUUAAAUGUAUGGAUGUACGUUUAAGUGCACAUAUGUUUAUGAAA